UACUGUUUGGAAACAAGAAGUGUUUCCGCGGCCCAGCAGGCGGGAGCUAUGGAGGCGUACGAGCAGGUCCAGAAGGGGCCCCUGAAGCUGAAAGGCAUCGCGGAGCUUGGCGUGACGAAGCGGAAGAAGAAGAAAAAGGACAAAGACAAGGCUAAGAUGCUGGAAGCCAUGGGGACGAGCAAGAAGAGCGAGGAGGAGAAGAGGCGCUGCCUGGACAAGCGCACGCCGGCGCAGGCGGCCUUCGAGAAGAUGCAAGAGAAACGGCAAAUGGAAAGAAUCCUGAAGAAGGCAUCCAAAACCCACAAGCAGAGAGUGGAGGACUUCAACAGACACCUGGACACGCUCACCGAGCACUACGACAUUCCCAAAGUCAGCUGGACCAAGUAGUCAGUGGGAAAGGCAGGAGGCCCAGCUAAUCAUGUUGUCCUCUGUGUUUUCUUGAAUGUUCAACAACUGUCUAGUACAUCGGCUCAGACUAAGCUUUCUGAAAUUUGAUUAAAGUCGGGCUGUUCUUCCA